UUCUAGAGAGGCGGUGCUCUCGCAACAUGCUUUACACCAUGUGGCUUCUUCUUAUUCUUCUUCUUCCUCUGCUCUUUCUCAUGCAAAAAAAGAUCAAAGCAAAACAAAAUAACACAUCACAACUUCCUCCAGGCCCUUCAAAGCUUCCUAUCAUAGGCAACAUACACCAACUUGGCUCCUUGCCCCAUCAAUCUCUAUGGAAACUCUCCAAGAGAUACGGUGAUGUUAUGCUCCUCCGAUUGGGAAGACUACAAGCCAUCGUGGUCUCUUCGGCGGAGGCUGCAGAAGAGGUCUUAAAAGUUCAUGACCUGGACUGUUGCAGUAGACCACCCUUAGCUGGUUUGGCAAAACUUUCUUAUAAUAACCAUGACAUAUCUUUCUCACCUUAUAGUGAGCACUGGAGACAGAUUCGUAAGGUUUGUGUUCUCAAGCUAUUUAGCAUAAAAAGUGUUCAGUCUUUCCAGUUCGUCAGAGAAGAAGAGAUAGAUUCUCUGAUUUGUUUCCUCAAAGACAGUUCGACUACUCCAGUUAAUCUCAGUGAAAAGAUGUAUAGUCUUACGGCAAGUGUGAUUCUAAGGACAGCCUUUGGAAAGAGGUUCCUGGAGUGUGGACUAGACAAUGAUAAGUUUGAAGAUAUUAUCCAUCGGGCAAUCGCUGUAUUAGGAAGCUUGACAGCCUCUGAUCUUUUUCCUUACGUGGGCUGGAUUAUUGACCGGUUGACUGGUCUUCAUGCAAGAUUUGAGAGGAGCUUUCAUGAGCUGGAUGACUUCUUUUGUCGUGUCAUUGAUGAACAUCUAAAAAGAUCCCCAAAAGAAGGAAAGGAAGACAUUGUUGACUUACUGCUAUGCAUGGAGAGAAGUAAAUCUGACUAUGGAGAUUUUCAAUUCACUAGAGACUGUACUAAGGCAGUUCUCAUGGAUAUCUUCCUAGCUGGUGUGGACACUGGUGCAGUCACCUUAACUUGGGCAAUGUCCGAGCUUGCUAAGAAUCCUACAGUAAUGAAGAAAGUACAGAACGAAGUAAGAAGUUUGAAAAAUGGAAAAAUUACUGAAAGUGACAUUCAUCAGCUUCAGUAUCUGAAAAUGGUAGUCAAAGAAACUUUGAGGUUGCACCCUGCACUCCCACUUUUAGUCCCAAGAGAAAUUAUGUCCCGUUUUAAGCUUGCCAAUUAUGACGUUAGCCCAAAAACACUUAUCCAAGUUAACGUCUGGGCUAUAGGUCGUGAUCCUAAGUACUGGCAAAACCCAGAAGAGUUCUUCCCUGAAAGAUUUAUUGAUAGUUUCAUUGAUUACAAAGGGCAACACUUUGAGUUAUUGCCAUUCGGAGCAGGUCGAAGAGGCUGUCCUGGAAUGUAUUCUGCAAUGACUAUGGUGGAGCUUACACUUGCUAAUCUCUUGACUUGUUUUGACUGGAAAUUGCCUGAUGGAAUCAGGGAGUCAGAUAUUGACAUGGAGGAGGCAGCUGGGCUUACUACUCAUAAGAAUACUGCUCUGAAACUUGUUCCAGUUACCUACCAAUGGCCAUCAAAAGAUCAAAUUUAGUGGCGAGGCACUGUUACAUUACUCAAUGAUGAGCACAUUACGGGUCAAAAUAUUCAUGGUAUAUAAACAUUACCAAAUAAAAAAGGUCCUAUAGCAUAUGAUGGGCUUGUCCUCUCGCCCCGAACUAAAAAGCAUUUUCCAUUUAGUAAUAUAUCUUUACUAUACACAAGGCUUGAUAUUAUGCCCUUGUAUUGCACCUAUCUGUUGGAAAACAAAUUGAGAUAAUGAAAAAUUGAUGCCUAAAAUGAUAAUGUUUCAGCAA